UUGUUUUCUGGUAUAUAAAUCUUGGAUCCACCAUUUCAUCUUCUGGGUAGCUGUUUGGAUCGGAGUGGUUUAUUUGCCGGAGAAAACUAAAGUCAAGUAGCUUUGGCUGGUUCAAUCUUUCAUGAUGGAGUGGUCUCCCCAACAAGCCAUGGAAGCUUACUUGAACACCCUUGAACUUUCCAAGCUCUUGAACUACAAAGCUGGCGGCAUGGGGCGGUCGAAGCCGGUUGAACCGGAGUGCAUGGAGUUGAUAUCCGCGUUGGCGGCGGGGAACCGGGCGAAGCUGAUGGUGGAGGUGACCUCCGGCGGCCCGACUCCGUUCACGGUGGCCUUAGCGGUGGCAGCAAAGCAGACGGGCGGGCGCGUGGUCUGCAUCCGCCCACCCUCCUCCGCCCGCCACCACCAAUCGGAGGAGCUAAUCCCUGACGAGUGGCUGAGAGGCGCGAUCGAGUUCGUGGAAGGAAACCCCGGCGAGGUGAUAAAGAAGUACAAGGGAGUGGAGUUGAUGGUGGUGGACGCGGCCGUGGGCGACGGCGGGGAGGUGGAGCUUUGGGAGAAUGUGGAGGUGAACCCUAGAGGGUGUGUGGUGGUGGCGACCAAUCUUGAAGGGGGGAAUAGGGUUUGGUUUGGGGAGAUGUUGAAGAAGGGGAAGAUGAGAGGGGUGGUUAAGUGUGUCACUUUGCCUAUUGGGAAUGGUGUGGAGUUGACUAAAAUUAGGUGUUUGGGAGAAGGGAAGAAUACCCAAAGAUUCAAAAGGUUUCAUGUCACUUUUGAGAAUUACUGACAAUGCGACGGGUUUGACAGAAAGGUGUUUUGGUAUGAGAGUCUGAUUGGAAUAGUGUUUUGAUAUGAGAAGAAAGGUGUUUUGGUAUGAGAGUCUGAUCGGAAUAGUGUUUUGAUAUGAGAAUUAUGUUUUAUUUGUUUUAGUCACUUUUUUCCUGAGUGGUUUCACAUAUAUAAUUAUACAUAGAAACUAUAGACCUCAGGAUAGCUCAGAAGCAUGCACUAAGCAACUAGUCAGAACUGACAUAUGAUUAUAUAUAAAGUAAGUAUAUGUAAAGUAAGGUUUGAUCAGGUUGGGGAAGUUUUUUAUAUGAUGUUAUACUUCACCCACUCGAUUAUUUUACCUUUUCUAAAGGUUUUCAUAUAUACUUAUACAUAUAUUUGUGGUGAA